GUUGCUGACAUUUGUACGCAUGGAAUAGUAGGUAUGCCGGUUAUCCAAACUGCAGUUAACCUGUGCUAACCUCAGUGAAUGUGCAGGGAAUUGUACACAGUUUAUGUAAAUUCUCGCUGUGAGAAAAGAAAGAAGGGAUAGGUCUAUGAUUAUUCCUAAAUUUUUCAGCAACAAUGGCUGUUAGCAGUGGAAUGUCAUUCAUGCUGUCAUCGAUAUUGGUGGUGUUAUUGUUCUCUGGUAUGCAGAUGUACAAAGUCUGGCUCAGCUCGUCACAGUUGGGAACCAUUCUCGGAGGAUUGAUCGGAUCUUUGUUGUUCAUGUGUACAUUGACUGCUGUGGGAAAUCUUGAAAGUACCUUAUUCGGAAAGUCUUUCCAACAGAAAUUACUCCCAGAAGUGGUCUUCUCAUUGACUUUAAGUCUAAUUGCUUCUGCCCUAAUCCACCGUGUGUCCACUACAACUUGUUUAAUAUUCUCUCUGGUUGCGCUGUAUUAUAUGAAUAGAAUUUCUCAGGAAACGUAUGGCGUGUCUAUACAAAAUACAAUCAUGCAGUCCAAGAAACGCAAGUGAAUAAGCAUAAGGAUAUUUGUGCGACAUAUCUUUUUACUAUCAUGUACACCAUAAUAUAUCAUACGUUCUACGUAAAGCUUCCAAUUUGUAAUAAAAUGCCAAUUGUAAAUUGUUGGAUAUUAUUUUCUCUAAGAUAUUGGGUGGAUUAAGACUUGUACUAAAAACUGAACCUCAAUUGUGAGCAAUUUCCCUAUCAACUUGCAUUUAUAUAAAUGUAUGUAAAUUUUGAAAGAGUUUUGUGAUGCAAUAAGAAAAAGAUUUGACUAAUGAAACAAAUUUGGGUGUAUGUAAAUGCUU